UGCGCGUGCUCCUGAUGCCCUUGUUCCGAGACGGCGGGACCGCGAGCACAAGAGCCAAAUUCUCCUUGUUGGGGGGUGAUCUUCGCUUGUUUCAUUGCUUUCACUGAUUGAAUCCCUCCGAUAUGGCCGACGAGUUCCCAGACGACGCUGUCCUCAGCGACGUCGAUAACGACGAAGACCCCUCCAACGCCGCCGCCCCUUCGAACGACUCCGCCGCCGACAAACGCCUCCGAAAACUUCUCGCAGAACUCGAACAGGAGCGUCGCGCACGCAAGGCCGCGGAGGAUUCCCGUGUAGAACUCCAGACAUCCGUUAACCGCCUGAAGGCCUUCGCCCAGGAUGUCAUCAAGAAGCGCGACGACGCUAAAGAUGAGUAUGCCCGAUCCGCCGAACGUGCCAAUGCCGAACUCUCCGAAGCCCUCAGGCAAAAAGACGAGGCCUUGCGGCAGCAGGAGGAUGCAUUCAAGCAGAAGGAGGAGGCCUUGCGGCAGAAGGAAGAGGCUUACAGGCUUAAGGACUCCUCUAGGGCGGAAAUAGAGACCGCCGCCCAGAUGUUGGUCACUGGCAUCGAGAAGAUAUCGUCCAAGGUCAGCGGCUUCAAGAAUUUCUCCGUUGCCGUACUCCCACGCUCACAAAAGUACACCGGCUUGCCGGCUGUGGCCUACGGCGUCAUCAAGCGUGCGAACGAGAUCGCGGAAGAACUUACUGCGCAGAUUGAAGCGGCGGUCAAGUCGAGGGAUGAGGCGCGAGAGCAAAUUGAACAGAGGAACUACGAAAUCGCAAUUGAGAUAUCACAGUUGGAGGCCACGAUCAGCGGACUAAGGGAGGAGGCGACAAAGAAGGGUAACGAGAUUGAGUUAUUAGGUAAGAUGGUUGGGGAGAGAGAUUCAAGGAUUUCGGAGAUGGAGAGGGAGAUUGCCGAGCUGAAACAGUUUGGAGAUGACUUUUCGACAAAGUUUAGGAACUUGGAGACCAAGGUAGACGCUCAAAGGCCUGUGAUAAUUGAUCACUUGAAACACAUAUCGAAAGCCUAUGAACAGAUUAAUAAGAUAGUUGGGAUUGCUGAUGAAAACUCAUUAGAUCAAUCUGACUCAUCGGAUUCGUCCUUCGUGUGGAAGGAAAUGGACAUGGAUGAGAAUUUGCGGACAUCCUUGGAAGGCACUGUUUCCAUUUGCGAGUUAGCUAGCGUUGCUUUUGAGAAAGUAAAAUCAAGGAUAGAAAGUAGAAAUCGGGAUGUGAAAGACCUGGAGGAAAAGGUUGCUGCUUUGUUUGGAGAGAAGCAGCAUAUUGGAACUUUGCUUAGAAGUGCACUCUACUCCAGAACCAAUAAGGUGUUACAAGUGGCAGAGGAGGGGCUCAGAGAGGCUGGAAUAGAUUUGAAGCUUAAUGGACAUGAUAAAGAUGGUGCUAAUGAUGAGGCUGAAGAUGAAGUCUAUACGCUGGCUGGUGCUUUGGAGAAUACUGUCAAAACUUCUCAAAUUGAGAUCGUUGAACUUAGCCAUUUGGUAGAAGCUCUCAGGGCAGAGUCUAGUCUUCUUAAAGCACACUUAGAUGCUCAAGCAAAAGAGAUUAGCCAGCAAAUGUUACAAAUAAAGGAACUUAAGGAGAAGGAGCAUAUGGCAAAUGAAAAUGUUGAAGGUCUCAUGACAGACAUUGCAGCUGCCGAGGAAGAAAUUGCUAGAUGGAAACUGGCAGCAGAGCAGGAAGCUGCAGCAGGGAAAGAAGUUGAACAAGAGUUUCUUGCACAGCUAUCAUCCUUGCGCCAAGAACUGGAGGAGGCAAAACAUGCCAUGAUGGAACUUGAGAAGAAGCUCAAGUUCAAAGAAGAGACUGCUGCUGCAGCUAUAGCUGCCAGAGAUGCGGCGGAGACUUCUCUAAGGCUAGCAGACGUAAGGACAGGCAGGUUGAGGGAGAGGGUGGAAGAGCUAACACGCCAACUUGAACAGUUCGAUAAGAACGAUUCGACAACGAAUCGAAACAGUCACAGAUAUGUAUGUUGGCCAUGGCAAUGGCUGGGAUUGGACUCUGUAAGAUACCAGACAGUUGAGCAGCAGAACUCCAAUGAGAUGGAACUGUCAGAACCACUUGUUUAGGUUUGUAAGGUCUUUUCCACACUUUCAGCAAUCUUCUGUAAUUCCUCAAGGGCUGGAAUGCAAAAUAUAGUUGUCCUACAACUCUCAAAUUAAUUAUUUGUAGGUGAAGAUCUCUGUAUUUUUUACUGCUUUUUCUCAUUCUUUCCAUUCGGUUUCUUUUUUAAAGAACUUAAUGUAAAAAUCAUUAAUUGCGAUCCCAAAGUUGAUGAGAGAAUAGAGAUGAAGCGCAUUUGAUUGCCUUUCAUAAAUU